UCUGUCCACACUGUGCUGCGCUGUGGAGGCUGUUUAAUUAAACUGACCAUCACCACUACAACUGAGCGGGUUUUUUUCUUCUCGCGGAGGUUGAAUGAAGUGAAAUGACCUUUCUCUCUCUCUCUGGAUGGAUACGCGCUGUGGUUGAGAGGUGACAUCGCUGAAUGUGGAAGCUGAACGUGAAUGUACAGACCAGAGUAAACGGACGGCCUCUCGGCUCCAGGAUGGCUCUGUAAAACCAUUCCUGUGUUUUAGAGCGAGCAUCCCAGAGGGGUUGUGUGUUUCAUCAGGACCUUGGGACACACGCACACACACACACACACACACACACACACACACACACACACACACACACACAUUGAUGUCCAGCCUCUCCUUAUUACAGUAGCCCUGGCAGACCUCUAAUCUCUAAAAGAUUGAUGAGGUCCUGUUAAAGCGCAGGAGGCCUGGCACAGCGUCGAUAAGGCAGCUUUCAUUUCACCACAUUCUACCCCUCGCUCCCUACUUUCUUCUCCUCUUCUCCUCCGUGCUGAGGGAUGCCGGACCUGGCUUUGAAGCGCGAGGGAGGAUUAUGACACGCCAAGGACCCUGGGUUUAAAAAAAAGGAGAACCAUGAAAUGCCCCGAAAAUGACAGCUCCGUUUUCUUCUGUUGCUCCAUGUCGGACAGCCGCGUGGUAGCCGAGCAGGACGUCAGAGUCGGCAUGUCACUGUCAAACUGCUGGAGCUGGAAUAAAGUGAAACUACAGAGGGACAGUCAAAGCUGAGAGUUGCUAAACACAUAUCACACACCUGCACACACACACAGACAAAAAUACACCCAAAGCGUUCCACACAGGACAAUGUGCAACAUCUCGUUCUGUGAUGUGGACAGUAAGGUGGACCAGUUCUUCCAGCCAACGCUCUACAUCAUAGUCAUCGUUCUGGGACUGCCCACGAACUGCAUGGCACUGUGGGCUGCCUACAUGCAGGUACGGCAACGCAAUGAGCUCGGCAUCUACCUGAUCAACCUGUCAGUGGCUGACCUCCUCUACAUCACCACUCUUCCUCUGUGGAUCGACUACUUCCUGCAGCACGAUGACUGGAUCCACGGUCAGGAGAGCUGCAAGCUGUUCGGCUUCAUCUUCUACACCAAUAUCUACGUCAGCAUCGCCUUCCUCUGCUGUAUAUCACUGGACAGGUACCUGGCCGUGGCAUAUCCUCUGCGCUUUGCCAAGGUUCGACGCAUCAAAACAGCUGUCCUGGUCAGCGCCAUGGUGUGGAUAAUUGAGAUCGUGGCCAACUCUGCGCCCCUCUUCCACGAUGAGCUCUUCCAGGAUCGCUUCAACCACACCUUCUGCUUUGAGAAGUACCCCAUGCAGGACUGGGUGGCAGGGAUGAACCUCUACAGGACAUUUCUGGGCUUCCUCGCUCCUUGGACAGCCAUGCUCGUGGCCUACCGUGGGAUCUUGGUGGCGGUGCGCUGCAACGUCUCGACAGAGCGCGAGGAAAAGGCCAAAAUUCAGCGUCUGGCACUAAGUCUCAUCCUGAUCGUUUUGUUUUGCUUCGGACCGUACCACAUCCUCCUCCUGGUGCGGAGCGUCAUGUUUAUAAGGAAGCCAUGUGACUGUGGCUCAGAGGAGAACUUGUUUGCAGCGUACCAUGUAUCGUUGGCUCUGACGAGCCUCAACUGCGUCGCCGAUCCCAUCUUGUACUGUUUCGUCAACGAGGGGGCUCGGCACGACGUUGGCCGAGCCCUCUCGGCUUUACUUUCAGCAGCUUGCAAGAGGGGCUCCUCUUCCUCACCAUCGCACGGCGACAUGCACAACGCUGGUUCGGUGACUGUGGAUACGCCGCUGUCAACAAAGAAGCAGUCUUGUGUGUACGCUGAUGGAGCCAAGACAAGCAGCUUCAAGACAGAACUGGUGGCUCUGAAGGAGGAGUGUCUACAGAUGACCAUCCUCGGUGUCAGGAAGUGACAUCAUCCUGAAAUAAACUAGACAAAAUUGUCUGCAGCCACGGUAGCAGCCCCUGUGAGAUUGAGAUGCUUACACACCAGAAAGCAAAGUUGUUGGGUGAACUACUUGGCUACUGUUCAAUCUUUACCACUAGUGGGGCAAAAAAAAUGUGGCCUGAGGGUGACACUUGAGAACAGGUCACGUUGUAAACAAAAGGGAGUAUCCGAUGUACAGCGACCGUUUCAGCACAUCUGACAGACAGCUUGUCGGGCUCAGUUCUUUGUUGCAAAUUUGGCAUAACGUUCAUGACUUCAAGCUGUAGUUUGUCAGCCUCUGCACAGCCGCACUGCAUGCUAAUGUUAGGAUGUUAACAUGCUGUAUUAUCAUUAAUCCCAGAGUGCAACUGAGGCUGAGUCAGUCGUUAGCCUUAGAGGUAUAUCCUCAGGAAGUGUUGGAUCAGAGGAAGUUUUGACCUGCCGGUGGUGAUAUAUGUAAAAGUCAGGGGAUCACCAAAGUCUUCACGAUUCAGCCUCAGUGGACCACAAAUGUCUCUACCAAAUGUCAUGCCAAUCCAUCAGCUAGAUUUUUUUUCAGUCUGGACCAACAGAUCAAAAGGCCAGCUGACGUCCCACCGGUGCGGCUAAUGAGGAUCUUAUCAAACACAGCUUGGACAUCUACCCACUGUGUCAGAAAUAACCCACAAUGCCUAGGAACGUUCUUGAAUACUAAAGUGGAAUUAUUGAAAACGCUCCACAUUCUGCAUGGCUGAGUAUUGUUAGUGGUCUGAGAGGAAACACACUUUAAAUUCAGACUACAUGGAGAGAGGGCAGAUGUAAGAGAUUGGGAUUUGACACACAAAUGCGCCAUUUUGGAUUGUGGAACAAGGGCAGAAGGGUAAAAAAAGGAGAUUGUAGAUUACUGGUCAAUAAAACGUAGUGAAGCCUCAUGAAGUACCUCAGCUUCUAAACUGUGAUAGCAAGAAGUCUUAUAGUAGAAGUGUCUCUUACGUUAUGUGAGCAAUGUCUUUUUUCUCUUUACAUUUUUACAGGCAGCAAAAUUAAUCAGAACUCCAAGAUGACAGAACAUUCUCAACCAAAGCUUUCAUUCAGCUUGGUUUGAAAGUCAAAUGUAUCAGUUAUUGCAACCACAUUAUGUUGAGAGCUCCGUAGAGCAGAAAAACAGCCUUAACUGAAACUGUGUUGCCUGAAAACCAUCUCUCCACCUGAUUGAAUCCGAACUACAUGGUUGGGCUUCGGUAAAUGCUGCCCACUUGACCUGAUACUGUUUACAUUCAUUUAACUUUGAAGUUUAACUGUCCCAAACUUCCUCAAUAUUUACAGCACACUCUCUUUUCUUUGCUCGUCACACAAAUUGCACAACAAAGUUUUCAGAUCGUCCUCCCUAGAGGAAGGAUUUGGAAAGUCAGUCUUGAUUCAAGUGACACUCCAAGGGAAACAGAUCAAGAGAAACUUCUCUGUAAUGUCCAAAGUGUGGUGAGGAAAUUAAGAAAUAGUUCUUUGGAUAUCCACCUAAAACCAUCUGUAGUGAACUUAAAAUGUACAUUGAGCGUUUGUCUCUUUUAGUACGUGAAGCUGAUUGUUAUUAUAAAUAUGACAAUUUUGAUCCAACAACACGCAUUCGCUGCCAUUUUUUGCCACAUAUUGACUUUGAAGUCCUGAUGUCAAGUGAGAGGCGUCAGGGCUUGAGACUGACUUAAGAGAUCUUCCUUUUCCUAGUUGGCAGCUUGUUUUUACAGUAAACCCCACACAUAGUGACCAAAACGUUUCUUUUCUUUUUUUGGCACUCAACCAUUGGGAUCCCCUUAAUGGCUGCUACAUAAAGAAAGUGUCAUUGCAGACUGGACACAGCCGUCAGAGCGAAAGGCAUCUUCAACUUAUAAAAUCAAGUUCAGUUUAUCUUCGGUUCAAAUUCUCUCCAUUUCUUUUUUUAAGUGUUUUUUUGCAAAUCUGUGGUAAUGACAUUUCAACAAAUUGUCUGUUUACAUACAGAAUGUCCUGCUUUAUGUUCACACAUAUAUAACAACAACAUAAAUACUUAUAAAGUAUUAAGUAUUAUGGCUGAAAUAACUCCCUGCCCACACAGUGGUUUCAUUUGGAUUGACAACAAGUGUUCAUGUUGCAGUUACUGGCCAUCAAUUCACUUUGUAGGGUUAGAAAUGUUUUGGAAAGCGACCUGGUGAUCCCCAGCAACACCUCUUUCUUUAAUGUUGUCUUGGCAUGAAAGCACUCCUCUAUUCAGCGCAAUGAUGUUAAGGCGGGGGGGAUUUUUUUGCACACAUUCAGCUGGUCGGCGUUGCCCUACACGCUGCCGUGUACCUUUGCUUUUGUUGUGCAUCCGCAUGUCAGUCAGAGAGAGGAGGCACCGGGCUUCAAAAUG